GGUGAGCAUGUGGGGCAUGUGCUUGGUCCUCACGACGCUCCUAACGGGUGCCGUUGCGCCCUUCUUCCUCCUGCUCUGCCGCCUCGAGUAUGCAGCGUUCCCAACGGUCUACCUCUGCGUGCCAUACUACGUGACGCUCGGUAUCCUCGUCACUUGGGUUGCCGUCGACACGCUUGCGUCGACACGUGCCGAUGCGAUCGUGUAGUCGACCAUUUGUGUAUUUUCUCCAUGUGGUCUAUAAUACCAUGAAAAAUGCC